UCGGUUGGACCCUAUCUCGCAUCGUGCUUGAAAAUCGCGUCAUCCUUACGUAGGGAAAAUCCUCCACGAGGGAAGCGUUUCGCUGCUCGAUCUAAAACGUGUCGAACUUAGCGUUUUGUGUUUGCCCGAAUCAGAUCGGAAACUAUUUAAGCUGGCACGAAUCUAAAAUCCAUCACUCCCUUGAAGUGUUAAAAUUUAUAAUCGCUAAAUUUAUAAUCGCUCGCUUAUAAAUCGGAACUUGACGAAACUUAGAAAACUGCAUAUAUUAGGGAAGAUUCCACGUCGUCUGAUCGUAGAAACUUCGAAUGAACGGAAUGUCGACUAUGAGCUAUCAUCUUGAAGUUCACUAAUUGCAAUCACACGACUUUGCGGAGGACUUUUGCAUACGUUUGAUAGUGCUUGCCUGGAGAAUUCUUUCGACAAUGAUAUCUUUCCCGAUGGUUUUUCCCGAGAUAAAAAACUUGGCUUAUUCGCACAUUUAACCAGUAUAAAAUAUCUAUUUAUAUCAUGAGACCGACUGAAUAGUGCUCCAGCGCAAAAGGAGAAUGACAACGUUGAAUAGCAAAGUUUAACUCGGGGAAAUUGGCAAUGAUUAAUGCGACGAAGAGGUGAUGUGAUGUGGCGAAACUUUGGUUGGAUGGCCAUUCUGGCCACAUGGACGAUAUUCCUGGUUUCGAAUAGUGGCUUAGCUGGUGAAUGGAUUCCGAGUAAUUCACAAAGCAACAAUGAACACACUUCUCAUAAAGUUUCUCAAGAAGCAAGAUAUUCCGUUUUCAACAAAAAAGUUAUCGAUGAUUCUAGGUUACAAUAUGCAAAAAUGAAUUUUAAAUCAAAUGGUCGUUCAUCAGUGUACAUAAAACCAGUUUCUUUAGAAUUCAAAAAUACGGAAAAUCGCGAUUCACAAUUCAGUGGCUAUGAAAAGCACAUCGCGUUGUCAAAUGCAAUGGCUACGACAAAGUAUUUGAAAGACAGUGACGACAAAAGUGCGCGACUGAUUACAAAAAGAGCAAUGGAAAACAUGUGGUUGUCAAAAGUUAUUGUUAUGGAAAAGUUAAAAAAUUCAAGAAAUUAUCUCAAAUUCGUGCCUGGCUUACGUCCAUUACCAUCGAUGUUCCAGGAAUUGAAAAGUACCUCGAGAGAUAGACGAUGUAAAGAAAAAACGUUCUACGUACUCUUCAACGAUCGUAAAAAGGCAGCUACGAUAAGACGCGAUACUCAAGCGUUUGACAAGAAAGACGGACGGUGGAAAAAGCACGGGAGGGAUCGAAUCUUUAACGGAGAAAACGGAAUGACCACAUUCUUCCCUGACAAACUUACAAAGAGUUCACGCAGCGAGAAAGACAGUUCUAUACAAAAGUUAAAAAAUUCCGAUAUCUCACAAUUCGAAACUGAAGAUAUCGAGUCUAAGCACGCCAAUAAAACGUACAAACGUAAUAAGAAUGAAGGAGAUUCCCAUCAAAGUUUCAAGUUAACAAAAAGCAAGUCAAAUAAAUUGAUUUACGUCGAAACUAAUAACAAAUCUCAAAGUCUGCGGCAAACUUUUUCAAACUACUCGAACUCAAAAGAAAAUCAGAGUCGUGGAAAUGUUACAAGUAUUGUAGAUAACACAAUCACGAAGGAUUCGCCAUACGAGCGUUCCGUGGCUGUUGCCUGGACUACGUUAAUCGUUAAUUCCAAAAUCUCGAAAGCAAAUGAAAUUGAUGAUAAAGAAAAUGCCGUAAGUCCCUAUCACCCUUCGAGGGACGAGUAUUCGAGAUCGUAUAAAGCAGAUGGGUUUCUAUCAGCUGAACUAUAUAAACGCGACGAAUAUUCAAAGAUAGGGUUUAAAAUAGAUGCAGAUAUAUACGCGAAUAAAAAGGGGAACAGCAAUAUCAUCGACUCGUUCAUUUUUCACGCAUCAAAUUCGCUGGAUAAUCAUCUGACUAAAAAAAGAGCCGGUUUUACGAGACGCCCUUUUCCAUAUAAAAAAAAUAACAUAUUAAAAGUUGCAAGCGAUACAUUCAAUUUGCAACGUCAAUAUCAUUCUUCGAUAAGCAAUAGCGACACGAAAAUAAAUAAAAAAAUAAACGCGACGAAUUUUGACGAGCUGAAGAUAAAAAAAGUGAAAGAAAAGGAGCUCGCUGCUGCUGCAAAUUACACUACGCACAACACGCUCGAAGUUGACCGUGGUUUGUUAUCAACUAAUUUAUCUGCCAGAAGUUUCGACGAAUCGAAAUUAGAUUAUCAGACAUCAGAGCGUAUUUCAGUCACGCAGAAAAGGAAUCCGAUGCACGUACGACACGUCGAAACAGACGCGGACUGCGAACGUCCGCAGACAACUGACUUCGAGGCCGAAGUUCGUGGCGCGUUUCGAAUCGGCCUCUGGAAUGUCUCCGGCCCAUCUGGGAUCGCAAAAUUCGACAAUCUUCUCCGCCAGAAAGCCCACGGUCGCCCGAAAUACUUGCGGAAAUUUGAUGCGAUCGAUAGUACACGGCCUCCACGCAUCGCUGAGACAACUGAUAGAAGAUCUGAACUCGAUGGAAAACCUCCUAGAACCUCGAUCGAGGGCGUAUCUAUCUCUUUCGCUGCAGCGAAUGUCAGCGAUAAUUCGACCGGGAUGCGGAAGAUUAAUGGGCGUGUGCAGUCAUCGAGCGAACUUACGGAUGAGCCCGGAUUAGAAAACGUCAGAGUUACGACGAAACGAAGUGGAAAUCAUUGUGACAUGCAUGAAGGAUCUGGAUUUUAUUCACGAAGCAGAGGUGUCCAUAACUCAAAGUAUCGAAGAUACAAACGCCACGAAGAUCGGAAUACUCCGGGGAUUCCGACAUCGACCGAGUUAAUCGAUAGUAAGACGUGGAAGACACUCGACACGACGGGGGCAACAACAUCAAACUCGCUGAUGGAAUUUACCGCGCAUCCAUCUAUCUCGACAACUCAAACAAAUAAGAUAGAUCAUCAAAUAUCAACUAGCGCGGAGGAAGCUGUUACAUCCGUAGAAACACUGCCGUCUUCGGGAUACGGGCAAUACCAGAAAGAGUGGCGAUCAAUCCCGAUAAUGAGCGAUCACGACAAGAGAUACACGGAAACUCUCGCAAAAACAGAUCCCGACUCAUUAGAGAUACCGUUGAUAAAUAUUCCGAUAACAUCGAAUGCCAGUUUGGUGGAAACACCGGCGCUUCUAAUCAAGUUGCUUGACCGAUCGAGACAGAAGAUAACGAAAAUAGACAAUUCCAUUAUUCCGAGAGAGGUUCUUUCGACUACGAAGGAAAAUGUGCGAGUAUCCGGCGCCGUGAAUAGAAACGUUUUCGACGCGUCUUCGACCGAACUCAUUAAAUCGCAAGUGGAACAUGGAGCGUAUGGUAAUGAAUCCGUUUGGACCAUUGACCCAUUUCCUCAAAGGACCAGUGAUCUCUCUCAAGAUGUCUUCGAGAACAUCACCAGAGAGAAUGUCAUUGAUUCCUCAACCGGUGACGUACUCUCAGAUCAGUGGCCUGUGAAGCAUAGCGCGGUAGUGGAGGGUGAUCUCGUUCUCGGUGGACUGAUGAUGGUGCACGAAAGGGAGGAUACAAUUACAUGUGGUCGUGUAAUGCCUCAGGGUGGAGUUCAAGCACUAGAGGCGAUGCUGUAUACGCUAGACACUCUCAAUGAUCGGGAGAUCGUGCCAGGCGUCAAGAUUGGAGCACACAUACUCGAUGACUGCGACAAGGACACGUACGGUCUCGAGAUGGCGGUGGAUUUCAUUAAAGUUAUCGAUUAUGACGUCAUGAAGUUUCUGUUUUUGGCAUUACUGAGCUGCAUCUGCUCGGCCGACGAUCGACGCUCGAGAUCUAUCAAACAAUGGGCGAGAAAGUUCGACGUUUUAAAGACCGAUAUCACGCGCAUACCGUUAUUAGAUAAAUAUGUGGAUUCGAUGACGGAUGUCGUGAGGUUACGUCACUACAACGAUCGCAAGAGUGUAGAUUUGAGUAAUUUUCGCGAUGACACAAUAUUACGUCAUCCGAUCAGACAUCGACGUCGUCAGUUCCGAUCGAUGGAACAGAACGGCCAGAUCCCCGUUAUCUGGCCGAUUAAGAAGGAAGCAGUCGUUGAAGGUGAUCUCCUGCUGGGUGGCCUAAUGAUGGUUCACGAGAGGGAAGAUACUGUCACGUGUGGACCCGUAAUGCCUCAAGGAGGUGUGCAAGCAUUAGAGGCGAUGCUUUACACUUUGAAUAUUGUCAACCAGCGAGAGAUCAUCCCGGGAGUUAAGAUCGGUGCACAUAUACUUGAUGAUUGCGACAAGGACACGUACGGUCUUGAGAUGGCGGUAGAUUUCAUCAAGGGUUCGAUAAGCAACAUAGACGGUGCGGAAUAUCACUGCAACAAAACUGCUGUGCGAAAGGUAAUCAGUGGAGUCGUUGGUGCAGCGAGUUCAGUAACUUCGAUUCAGGUUGCCAAUCUUCUACGAUUGUUCAGAAUUCCGCAAGUCUCUUUCUUCUCAACGAGCCCAGAGCUUUCUAACAAACAACGCUUCGAAUAUUUCACCCGUACCAUACCUAGCGAUCACUAUCAAGUCAAAGCGAUGGUUGAAAUUAUAUUGAAAAUGGGUUGGAGCUAUGUUUCUAUUAUUUACGAAGAAAGCAACUAUGGUAUAAAGGCUUUCGAGGAACUCGAGGAACUACUAGGGAAAAAUAACAUAUGUAUUGCCGUCAAAGAAAAGUUGGUGAAGGAUUCCGGAGUCGCCGAGGAGGUUGUCUACGAUGGAAUAGUUUCAAAGUUGUUGACAAAACCACGAGCGAGAGGAUGCAUUAUCUUUGGUUCCGACCAAGAAGUCGCCGGAGUCAUGAGAGCGGUCAGACGUUGCAAUGCAACCGGCGUUUUUUCUUGGAUCGGGAGUGAUGGCUGGAGUGCAAGAGGAUUAGUGAGUAACGGUAACGAGCCGGAAGUCGAGGGCACUCUAUCGGUUCAACCUCAGGCGAACCCCGUUAAGGGUUUCGAAGAGUACUUCCUUAACUUGACUGUUGAGAACAAUCGGAGGAACCCGUGGUUUAUUUUUCUUUUUCUCAGAGAUAUGCAUCACGACCUUUGCCAUGGAAAGCCGGGAUUGUGCGAUGAAAUGAAACCGACUAAAGGAACAACGCUUUUGCAGUAUCUGCGCAAGGUGGCUUUCGAGGGUCUAAGCGGAGACAAAUUUAGAUUCGACAAGAACGGCGACGGACCAGCGCGGUACAACAUCAUACAUUUCAAGCAAACCGAAACGGGCAAGUACAAGUGGAUUCGCGUUGGCGAAUACUUGGAAGGCGUGCUGCGACUGAACAUGUCGGAAAUCCAAUUUAAGCUCGGACAUCCUCAGCCACCCGAAAGCGUGUGCUCCUUGCCUUGCGAGAUUGGUCAGGCAAAGAAAUAUGUCGAGGGUGAGAAAUGCUGUUGGCAUUGCUUUAAUUGCACUCAAUAUCAGAUACGAGAUCCCGGAGAUGAGACGCAGUGCAGUCAGUGCAAACAGGGUACGUUGCCGGACGAAACACAUUCGAUGUGUCGGGACAUCCCAGAAGAAUACCUACGUGCGGAAAGUGGUUGGGCGAUAGGUGCGAUGUCUUUCGCUGCCACGGGAAUUUUGGUGACAUUAUCUGUAUUUGGGGUCUUCGUCAGGCAUAAUAACACACCUGUCGUACGUGCCUCUGGGCGAGAAUUAUCUUAUGUUCUUCUCACAGGGAUUCUAUUCUGUUAUCUUGUCACAUUCAGCCUGAUGUUUAGACCCACCGACCUGGUUUGCGCUAUUCAAAGAUUCGCCCCAGGCUUUUGCUUCACCAUAGUAUACGCGGCUUUAUUAACGAAGACCAAUAGAAUUUCAAGAAUCUUCAAUGCCGGGAGUGCAAAGAGACCGUCCUUCAUAUCACCACGGUCGCAAAUUAUUAUCUGCUGCGGAAUGGUAUCUGUGCAGAUCAUAAUUAAUGUAAUUUGGAUGAUCAUUGAUCCUGCCAGAGCAAUCCAUCAUUACCCCACGAUGGAAGACAAUCUGCUCGUAUGCAACAACUACAUCGAUACUAGCUACAUGGUCGCGUUUACAUAUCCCAUAAUAUUAAUAAUUGUGUGCACUAUCUACGCUAUUCUCACGAGAAAAAUUCCAGAAGCUUUUAACGAGAGUAAGCACAUCGGUUUAACGAUGUAUACAACGUGCGUCAUAUGGCUCGCUUUCGUACCUUUGUAUUACGGUACCGGAAGCAACGUCGCAUUGAGAAUUACCUCGAUGUCGGUAACAAUCAGCCUUUCUGCAUCCGUGACGGUGGUUUGCCUCUUCAGUCCAAAGCUCUAUAUUAUUUUAAUUCGACCCGAGAGAAACGUUCGACCGACCGUAAGGGCAGGAAGACCGAAUCCGACAAAAAGUUCGGCGAUAACUGCCACAAAUGCUUCAAGUAUGAUGGGACCGGUAACGGCAACGACGGUACUGACAGCUGCUACUUGUGAUCAGAAUAAAGCCAUCAAGAAACAUAUCGCGUCCACCAUGGACUGCUCCACUCAGAGCGAAUGCUACGAAUUGGAAUUGAAGAAUCAGAAAAACGGAGAAUCGCUGACGACAUGCGUCUCGCGAUCAACGCAAACGACUGUCAACGAAAAAGAAUUCGUGACUGUCGUGACAAGUAAUAAAAAAUCGCCGGACGUAAUUGUGCCGGCGAGUAACAAAGAAUCAAUAAAUAGCACGACAACGACGAAACGACUCAACAGCAAUGCGAGAAUAGGCAAUGGACCGCUUUCUCAGAGCGACGUCUCUUUAUAGCGGAAGAUAGAACUGCCUAUGGAAUCGUCAGUAUUAACUGUUAGUUUAAAACCGAUCUCGAAGAAUCCCGUUAUCGUCUAAUUUAUUCUACUGUACAUACGAUUGGAUCUACACUAACACACUUUUUCAUCCUAAUGAGGUAGGCAAAAUAUUCGUUUUGAAAAUUAUUUAAAAAAAUAAUAUAUCAUCACAAACUUCUUAUCAAGAUCAGAUUCAACAGCAAAAUAAUAACGAUCAGACGCCAAAAUUCCAGUCCAGUACUGUAUACUUCAAAUUAUCCAUAUUGUUGGAUUAAUUGAGUGAAUUUGAAGUAGAACAAAUUUAUUAUACAUAUUGUACGACGUGCCGAAAAUACGUAUUCUAAGAUGCACGAUACGAACUUAUUAUCUUAAGUUACGUAAGAUAAUAAAUAAGCAUAAAUAGGGAUACAAUGAAAUAGUUUUAGAAUAAUAAAGAUUGUUUUAUUACUUGAUUAUGUAAUAUAAAAUAUGCGCUCAAUGGAAGAAAUAUGUAUAACUUUAUUAAACGCAUCUCUCAUCAUUUCAUCUCGAAUUUGUUGCUUGAUAGAUACAUGACAUAACGAUAUCAAUUCUCUAGGAAAAAUCUCUAAAAUUAUGAUUCUAAUACUAAGAACAAAAGUCAUUACAUUUAUUUCGCUCGCAAACAUAUCUAACGAACAAAAUAGAUAAAUAAGUUUAAUGUUAUAUGUAUUUUAUUUUCUAUUCUUUUUA